AUGGCUACCAACAACCUGCAGACACCGCAUCUUGUUGAUACGGAAUGGUCGAAGCAGCUCAUCGUCAAGGGAAAGCCCUUUCUCAUACGAGGGGGCGAGCUGCAAAAUUCUUCGCUCACCUCCGCCGAGUACAUGAGCACUGUCUGGCAGCAGAUGGUUGAUGCGAACGUCAAUACGCUGCUGGGCUGCGUGGCAUGGGAAGAUAUCGAGCCCGAAGAGGACCGUUUUGACUUUGCGGAGCUGGACAGAGUGAUCGAAGGUGCCCGCAAGCACGGUCUGCAUUUGAUCCUGCUGUGGUUUGGUUCGUUCAAAAACGGCCUCUCCACGUACACCCCCGGAUGGGUCAAGACGAAUGCAAGGCGCUUCCCCCGCGCCAAGCUGAGGAAGGCCGGUGGACGCCUAUGCACAGCUGAUGUCGUUUCCAUCUUCCACCCCGAAGUGCGCCAGGCGGACGCCAGGGCCUUCGGGACGUUGAUGUCUCACUUGAAAGCGUUUGAUGAGGCCCACUCGACCGUCAUCAUGGUCCAGGUCGAGAACGAGACAGGCCUGCUCGGCGACUCGAGGGACGGAUCUGACGUCGCCAACGAGGCCUUCAGCAAGGCUGUUCCCCAGGAUCUUGUCCAACAUCUCGUUUCGGACUGGGACAACCUGCACGCGGACAUGAAGAAGACAAACCUGAGCCACUUUGACCCCGAAUCAGUGCCGGAAGACGGCAACUGGGAAACCAUCUUUGGCACCAGCCCACGUACGGAUGAGCUCUUCAUGGCAUACCACUACGCCAAGUAUCUCAACGACGUGGCAGCGGCCGGCAAGGCCGAGUAUGACAUACCCCUAUACACAAACGUGUGGCUGAACUAUGCCGGCGAGGAUUCGGACAACGAUUUUCCCAUCGUCGUUGGUGGAGGCGGUUCCCCCGGCGACUAUCCACCAGGCGGUGCGUGCUCCAACGUGUUGGACGUUUGGAUCAAGUUUGCGCCUCGCCUCGACUUCAUUGCACCCGACCCCCUCUUCAUACCUGAGCAGCGGCGAGACGACUACGGGGCGCGCCGUAUCUGGGCCGCCUACGGUACUUUCGCUGCCAUGGGUGUUUCGCCUUUUGGCAUCGACACGCUCGAGCCUGGCACGAACCCCUUCACCAAGCAUUUUGGCCUCCUCAAGUCGACUUCGGUCAUUGUGCUUGACGCUCAGCGUCGAAGGGACACCUCGGUUGGCUUUUUCUUCGACGAGGUCCCCUCAGUCCCAACUGCAAAAGACACGAGCCCCCUUGUACGCCGCACAUGGGGCGGAUUCCACAUCACUAUUGAACGGGCCUUCGUCUUCGGCAGACCUGGCCCCGGCGCCGGCAUGGUCAUUCAUCGCGGCGGUGGCAAGUUUCUGCUCAUUGGCUGGGGUUUCCAGGUGUCGGCCAAGGCUGUGGCCGAGGACAGCGUAUUCACCGGAAUCUUGCGAUUCGAGGAGAAGAAGGUUGUCAACGAGGCGACGGGUCAGCUCAGGACGGCGCGGGUGCUUAACGGAGAUGAGACGAGGAGCGGACAAAUGGCACUGAUGCCCAACGAGGAUCCAGACUAUGGCGGGUUCCCCAUCUGCGUGACCAUCCCAGCGAGGACCAUGAUCGCAGAAGUUCAAUUCUACUCCCUGACCGAAUAA